UAACUCGAUAUAAUAAAUAACCGAUAUUUAAUUUUUCUUCUCAAUUGACAGCUUAACUAUAGAAAAACAACGAAGCCAACAUAUUCUUGGUGCACUUAGACUAGCUGCUUGUAAUUUGUUGGUUAAUUUGACUUCAUUACCAAGUGGUCGACAAUCUUUAUUAGACAUGUAUGGACCUGGUCCUAUUCUGACAAGUUUAGCAAGUUGCUUAUCCACCUCAAUGUCCAAUUCCUAUCAAGUGACUUCUCCAAACUUAACACCAACAAACACUUCAAGUUUAGCUGAUGCAGCACGUGGAUUAGUUGGCCGUUUAUCAGCAUCAUCUGGAUUAGCUAGUACAACAAAUAGUAAUAAUAUAGACACCGCUAAAUCCAAUUUAAUUUCAUCGACAAUAGCUUCAGUUUGUGCUACAAAAGCUGCACAAAUAUUGGAGUAUUUAACAGAAAGUUCAAGAUUCCUUAUACUUGCUCGAUCUUCUAGUGAAGGUUUACAAGGUCUUUUGUCAAUCAUUGAGUCUGCUUUAACUUCUUCAUCUCCAACUACUAAUACCAAUCAACCAUCACCGACAACAUGUCAGUGUCUAGCUACUUUGUUAGACAGUUUAGGCAAUGCUUGCCAAGAUCGUACUUUUCAAAAAACUAUUCUACAAAGUCGUAAAUCUUUAUUAUUCGGAUUAUCUAAUUGUCUUUCAUAUCAUGUCCCACUGCUGAGUGAUGCUAGUCAUGCUUGCUUAAUCGCUUCAAUCUGUCGAUUAUUACAUAAUAUUUAUGUUGGACAAUUGGAUCAGUCAAUGGUGACUAAUAACAAUUGCUUCAGUUUGUUAGAUACUCCAAAUAAUGAUUGUUCAACAUCUUGUUUAACAUCAAGCAAAUUAGUUAAUUCUUUACUGAAUGGUAUUGGUGCUAUUUUAGAUCAAAUUGGUCAUGGACCAGAAUUGAGAGCUGUAGUUGUUGCUUUAGCCGGAAGAUUAUUACCUCUGUGUCAUGAUACUAAUCAACUUACAUCUUGGUUUGGAGAGCAUACAACUGAGUCAAUUAACGAAUUAACACCACGAACUCGUCUACUUCUUGCAAUUUUAGAUAGCUGUUCAUUAGAUUCGUGUUCUAAACGUAAUCCUGUCAAUCCAUCAUCCGUAAAUGGCGAACAACAACAAUCAAAUGGAAAUAUUUCACAGUCGAAAAAUGAAACAAACAAUAUGACAUCUCAUUUAAUUACUGGAUGUAUUCGUUGUUUAGCUUUAGGUACUAAUCAUUCAGUUAGUUUACGUUAUGCAAUUGGUGAUGAUAGACGACGUGUUCGACGUUUAGCACGUUUUAUUCGUGCACGAUUAUCGGAAUGCACAAUUCAAUCACCAGUUAUUUGUAAAUUGAAUGCUUCAUCAAAUCAACUACCACCUAGAGAUGAACCAUUGGCAGGAAAUGUUUGUUUAGUUUUACAACAUUGUGCUUCAGAUACACCAUUAGCUGAACAUCUUCAAGGUACUUCAGUAAUAUAUGAUUUAUUAUCACUGAUACAAGAAAGUCAACGAUUAGAUACUAAAAGGAAUGCAGCAAUACUUAUUGGUAAAUUAGCUCAAUCAAGUCAAGUACAUCGAGAUGAACUUUCACGUUUAGAUGGUUAUAGUGUAUUGACACCAUUUAAUUCAUGGACUGCAGCAUUGGAACGUUGUUAAACAUACAUAAAUAUGGAUAUUAUUUUAGGUGUCUUUCAUUAAAGUUGAUAUUAUUUCCAGUGAUACAUUUACUCUUGACCAACAUUAAUUAUUAAACAAGUGUUCAUAUUAGAAAAUUCCUGGAACUUGUUUAACUUACAUUGUUUGUUUUUCUCUUCAUUAUUCUAUUUUAGAAACAGAAACUUUUUUUGUCUAUCUAAUUGUGUAUAGUGUGUGUGUGUGUGUGAUGUUAAUGUUUAAUAUGAGGAUUCGUCAUCAGAAAUGUGUGAUAAUAAUGUGCAUGAAAUAGUGGGAAUUAUGUCACAAAUAUUACAGACAAUUGUUUUAAUAUAUAUACUAGUGAAAUUUCCCGGCAAUAGGAACCCGUGCUCUUUCUAAAUAACAGAAGAGUUGAAUUUUAUAAGUGUCAUUAUUAUUAUUAUUAACUUGAAAACAUUUCCCGGAAAUUAUUCAACAUUCUGAAAGACUUUGUUUUUGUUUUCAGGAUUUCUUUUUAUACAAAAGUUCACAUUAGUUUUAAUUUUCAUCAAAUCGUAUAUACAUGAUAUUAUUUUUACAUUGAAAACCUAAUUUUUC